UCCAUUCCUAUUGACUUUCUAUCUUUCUAACGUUGUGUUUUCUCUCUUUCAUUUCUCACUCUUUCUCGGCCCUUCCGAUCCAAACGAGAUCCCUUUUGGUUCUGGGCCUGUGGCUGGAAGAAUCUUUUUCUCGUCGUCGCCAACGGUUUUUGUUUCCUGCACAUCGAAGGGGGGUUUUUUAUUUUUCUGCUUCUGAUCUUCCAGAACGGCUUUUGAUUAACGCGUAAGCGGUUUCGCGGCCGAUCUGUUGCUGUUCUUCUCAAGCGGUUUCGUUCGAUUCUUCUUUCCCCCCCUCCACCUUUGAGGAACUGUUUGCCGGUGGUCAAUAGGCGGUUCUCGGACCAAUCUGUUCGUACGCUGAUUUAUUCUUGCCGCUAAGAGGAUUUCGUUUGUUUGGACUUUGGAGGCGCUUUUGGCCUUAAAGAGGGGUUUUGCGUUAGAAUUUCAAGGAUCUAUUCUACGUCUAUCGAGCUGGAGGGAGAAAAUCAAGGAUUCUAUUGUGGUGAUUUCUGGUGUGAAGUUAUGGCUGCAGAGACACAGCCUGAAAAGCCUUGACUUAUUUUAUCAGCUCUGGAAGGAAUGAUGAAGAAUCUGCAAGUUGAUCCUUCUUCUAAACUCAGUGAUGCCUACCAGACUAUUCGGAAGGAUUGGAAUCCCUCUGAUGCAACAUCCUGCAUUUCCUCUGGAGAUGCACCAUGCAGUGUUAAGGAAAGCAAUGUGGAUCAUGAGUCUGUGACGGCGGAGCCAAGCAUGUAUUCUGGCAGCUACUAUGGAUACUACUACCCAGGAUAUGAUGUUUCUCUGAGAGAAUGGGAUGAUCAAGGAUGCUUUAUUGGCCCUGAUGGAUUGGAUAUUCAAUACCCUGCCAUUCAAGCUGAUAAUGGAUCUCUUGUCUACUACAUGCCAGGGUUUCAACCUGGUUACAUUCCUUACAACCCAUAUUUCCCUGGAGCUACAACUGGCAUUGAUGGACAGUAUUUUGGUCAACCACCAUACUUCCCAAGCCCUGUCUUUCCACAACCCAUUACUGCACCUGGAUAUUUCCUCGCUCCACUUUCUUAUAGAUCAGAAGUUGUGCCCUCAUACCUCUGGGAUCCUUCUGUUGUAGUUGAGGAUGGGGCUAAUGGCAAUGGCUAUGGUGGAGUUCCAUCAAUACAUGACUCCAAACAUAAUUUCUCUGCCCAGAGACACAACUUUGCUCCAUCUUUGAAAGCUCUGACUGCUUCUAAGUCUAGUAAUCCAUCAGAAGUGAAGGGCUCCUCACCAUCACCCGAUGUCUCAUCGGGCCCUUGCAUGCUCAACCAAUUGAAGCCUGCAAAUAAGGCAUCUCCAGUUCUGGCCAAGGGUUACUUCCCCAUUACCAAGUUUCCAUGUUCAAAUCAGGGAAAAGGUGGUUUGUUAUAUCCCAACAGCCCCGUUAAUUUGAAAGUAAAUGGCCGGGGUUGGGGUGGCAGUGAAAAGCUUAAAGGAAGAGGCAAGAUUAAUGGAAUUAGCGAUUUUGGAUUGCUAAAUGAACAGAAUUGUGGCCCAAGAACAACCAAUGCCAAAGGGGCUUUGAUGCUAGGUGCUGAUUUGGGUGUAUCUAUAGUAGCUGAUGAUGAUAAUGAUAGUAACUGCACAAGCGCCGUAGUCAGAAGGGAUCAAUACAACCUUCCCGAGCUCUCAACUGAAUAUGAUCUUGCUUUGUUUUUUGUGAUAAAAUCUUAUAGUGAAGAUGACAUUCAUAAGAGUAUCAAGUAUAAUGUAUGGGCAAGUACACCAAAUGGAAAUAAGAGGCUUGAUAAUGCUUAUCAAGAUGCACAGACAAGAAUGGCAGAGAAAGGCAGCAAGUGUCCAGUCUUUCUUUUCUUCUCGGUAAAUGCAAGUGGUCUGUUCUGUGGAGUAGCUGAGAUGAUUGGUCGAGUAGAUUUCAACAAGAACAUGGAUUUUUGGCAGCAAGACAAGUGGAACGGUUUUUUCCCGGUCAAGUGGCACAUCAUUAAAGAUGUCCCAAAUGCUCAGUUCCGGCACAUAAUACUUGAGAAUAAUGACAACAAGCCUGUAACUAACAGCAGGGACACACAGGAGGUUAAAUCUCCUCAAGGCAUUGAAAUGUUGAAUAUUUUUAAGAACCAUUCGUCAAAGACAUCAAUACUGGAUGACUUUGGUUUUUAUGAAGGUCGCCAGAAAGCAAUGCAAGAGAAGAGGGCUCGGCCACCAACACCCUGUUGGGAUCAUGUGCAGCAGAAACCUGAUGAAGUAAAGCAAGCAACCACGGGUCUUGAAGCGGUUGAGCUGAAUGCUGCCAAGAACAAUGAAGAAGAAGUUGGGGGGAGACAACAAAGUGAAGGAAUGAAGGAGUCUGGACGUGUAUGGAGGAGCAUGGUUUUCUGAGGAGCGGCGCAGGGGGUUGGGGAUUAAUAUCAAAGCAGGCUCGAAGGAUGAUAUGCCAAUGCACACCUGAAAUGGAAGAAGCCAAAUAGG